GCCAUGGUUCUAUGAAAACAAUAUGGCUGCCUCCAGCCCUGCAGGCAGGCCGAGCCCGGGGCGAGCUUGGCCGUGCCCCGCAGGCGUGGGCGUGUAGAGGCCUGGCCUGGGCCCGGCUGGCGGCCGAGCAGAUGGCGAACGGGGAGCUGGACGAGGAGAGCCUGCAGGAGCUCUACAGCUGGGUGGAUGCCGUCCCCCUGUCCCGCCCCAAGAAGAACAUCACCCGGGACUUCAGCGACGGAGUUUUAGCAGCAGAAGUGGUGAAAUUUUACUUUCCCAAAAUGGUGGAAAUGCACAAUUAUGUCCCAGCUAAUUCAACGCAACAGAAACUCUCCAACUGGGGCCAUCUCAACAGGAAGGUGCUGAACAAGCUGAAUUUCUCCAUCCCGGAAGACAUGAUCCGGAAGAUCGUACAGUGCACGCCCGGCGUGGUGGAGCUGAUGCUGCUCCCACUGCGGCAGAAAAUCGAGGAGAAGCAGAAGCAGAGCAAGGUGGCAUCUGGCACAUAUCAGGAGCUGGGCACACGCUAUGCACUCCAUGAGAACGGCCAUAUGGAAACAGGCUAUUCGUCGAAGCCAAAGACCAAUGCCGCAGGGAUCUAUGUGCAGCAGUCCCCACGAGCGGAAAGGAUGAACAAGGGCCAGCAAGGCUAUGCCCAGGCGCUACCGGGAGACGCCAGCUUUCGCAUUCAGUUAGCGGAGAGGGAGCAGGCUCUGCUGGCUUGUCAAGAGACAGUCCAGAUCCUGCAGAUGAAGGUGCGGCGGCUGGAACACCUGCUCCACCUGAAGAACGUUCGGAUUGACGACCUCACAAGGCGCCUACAGCAGGUGGAGCAGAAACAGAAAUGAGGCAGGGCUCGGUUUGCCUCCCGCGCCCUUCCCUGCGACUCUCACACCCUCAGAACCUCUCCCAGGCACAUCUGUAAGAGCCGCCAUUCCUGUGCCUCUCCCACUGCUCAUGGCUCCUCCUGGGCUUGGAGAGACUGAGCCGUCCCAGGCAGGACUGGUAGAGUCUGGAUUUGAAUAAUGACACAGGGCUCCCAGUUUCUUACAAUCCAAGGGCAAAACUGAGGAAAAAAUAAGGCCUAGAGUCCAAGAGUGAAAAAUGCACAUGCACAAGCACAGGUGGCAAAUGCACAUCUAGAAGUUCACCUGCAAUUGUGCAUGAGGGUGCUGUAAUUGUGUAAGUGCACCAGUGAUUGUGCAUGCAUUUGUUAGUCACGUUUAUGCAUCUGCACUCAGUCGGCUUUGCAUUCAUUGCAAUUAUGGACAUGGACCCCCAGUUGUGCAUGCACUUAUACAUUUGCAAGAAAUGCUAGUGCAAAUGUGCACUCACAAAUGUGCCUGAAGGUGAUCGGGCUGAGGCAGUAUUUCGAGCGCCAGGUUUUCUAUCUAUAACCAAAUCCAGCGACUUUCAUUCAGAAUAUUGACUCCUCUGCUUUCCAUGCUUUAGUACCAGGCCACCCCUUUGCUUGUUAAUUGUUUUAAAGAGCCCCCCCCCCCUUUUGUUCCAUCUGGUGGCUCUUGGGUGACAGCUGAUUGGAGAUGCCUGGGGAAGGAAUGGCUCAUUCCCAAGGAUGCGUUUCUAUAGGUGCGAUCCUGGAGCCCUCACUCAGGGACAACUCCCACUGCAGGCUGAGGAUCUGUCUACGCAGCAAAAGCUGGCACAGGGCAGCCUACCUGAGCCAGCGUGAAUCCAGCUAGGACCGGUAACGUAGCCAUGAAGCCAACGCAGCACAGGCUACUGAGCAGAAUGCGUGGCCAGGCUCCGGGCCAGGCAGCACUACCCAUGCUGACGCCCUCCCGCUCUGUCUUCACUGCUGUUCCCCACGCUAGCCAGCUCGGGUAAGCUAGCCCAUGCCAGCUGGUGCUGUGUAGACACACCCUGAGUAAGGCCCUCUGGGAUCAGGCCUUGUGGAGAUCAGUCACCUCCACCCAUUGAUCAGUUUACUCUGGGCUCCAUUUGGAUACAAGCAUGAAAAGAUCCUCAGCUCCUGGCUCUCUGCUCCUAACAGUUUGGGGUUCUGCAGCCCGUGGGUGGGGUUCAAAGGCUGUCUGACUAGAAAGGAGCCACCUCUACCAUGGGCCAAGCGCUGAUAAUAGCAACGCUGACCAAUAGCAGGGCUGACCAAUCACAGGCACAGAGAAGCGCCCUGCUGGGCAGAUGCUGGCGGCUGCUCUCAGACACGAAAGCUACAAACUCAGGGCCAGCCCCUCACCUGCUGUAAACGGGAGUAGCUGUACUGAGGGCACUGGGCCAGGUCCCGGCUGGUGGAAAUGGGAGUAGCUGUACUGAGGACACUGGGCCAGGUCCCGGCUGGUGGAAAUGGGAGUAGCUGUACUGAGGGCAAUGGGCCAGGUCCCGGCUGGUGGAAAUGGGAGUAGCUGUACUGAGGGCAAUGGGCCAGGUCCCGGCUGGUGGAAACGGGAGUAGCUGUACGGAGGGCAAUGGGCCAGGUCCCGGCUGGUGUAAAUGGGAGUAGCUGUACGGAGGGCAAUGGGCCAGGUCCCGGCUGGUGUAAAUGGGAGUAGCUGUACGGAGGUCAAUGGGCCAGGUCCCGGCUGGUGGAAAUGGGAGUAGCUGUACGGAGGUCAAUGGGCCAGGUCCCGGCUGGUGUAAAUGGGAGUAGCUGUACUGAGGGCACUGGGCCAGGUCCCGGCUGGUGGAAAUGGGAGUAGCUGUACGGAGGGCAAUGGGCCAGGUCCCGGCUGGUGUAAAUGGGAGUAGCUGUACUGAGGGCACUGGGCCAGGUCCCGGCUGGUGUAAAUGGGAGUAGCUGUACGGAGGGCAAUGGGCCAGGUCUCGGCUGGUGUAAACGGGAGUAGCUGUACUGCAGUCAGUGAAGCGAUGCUGACUUGCAUCAGUGGGGAAUCUGGCCCAUAGACGCUCUUCUAGCCAGGGAUGGGACCGAGCUGCUGAAGCUGGCCCUGCAUUCUGAACACGUCAGAACUGGAGGGUGUUUGGAUAAAGAGCUGCACUUUGGCCCAACGGGAGCCCGCAUGUGGGUUCAGACUGACACCUCCUGAAAUUCUGAGGUGUGUGGGUCAGAGGCUGGGUUCAGGCCCCGCUCUGCUUUCUUCUCUACAGUCAGUGACCUACCUGCACUAUCGCUUGGCACAACACACUUGCCUUCAGCUUCCUGCGGUCCCGGAGAGCUGCCAAAUUCCCACGCAAGCCCCAGUGACUCCCCUGGGAGGGAGAAUGCCCCAUUGAUCUCUGGGGAGUUAGUCCUGGUUUGCAGCAGGGUCAGGGAGAGCAGAGUCUGGCCCCGUGUGUCUCCGAGGCGGCUUUGGGGCCGAUGCAGCAGGAGCAGCGUAAGGAUGCCAUUAAGCAGCAGCUGAUGGGAACGCUCAGGUUAGCAACCAUCCUGCUCACUGGUAAGGCCUGAAAGUGGCUCCCAUCUGAUGAGCGCCCAGUGCCAGCAGGCCCUGAUCCGGCACCCACUGGUGUCAUUGGGACUCUUCCCACUGACAUCAAUGGACCCUCAGGAUCCCACUCCAGUUCUGAAUGGAGGGGGUCCAUCAGGGCCAGGGCAACCAGCAUUAACUGGGCUCCUCGUUGGCAGCCUCAGAGAGACCACGGACUGAUUGAGCCAAGAAGACUGAAUUCCCCAGGCCUCCGUUCUGGCUUGGACAGUGCAGGGAAGUUUGCCCUGCCGUACCCUGAAGACCUGCUAGGGUCUUCAGCCCCCACGGCUGUCAAGCCGACACUAAACUGAGCAAGGGAAGUAACUUUGCUGCUUUCCUGUAUAUUCCUGUGUGGCGAGGGAUGCGGGUCCCUUUGUCUUUGUAACUAGGGAUUCUUGAUCAGGAUCCUUGCCUCUCCGGAGUCCGUCUGCUCCUCCUGCACCCUCUCCUUGCAUCACUGUUGCUGACAGAACUGCAAGCACAGGAGGAUGGAUGGCAACAGGAGGUGGAGUAAAAUCUCCUCUGAUCUUUAAUCUCUGCUCCAUCUUGUGCACCCUGCCAUGGCAGUCGAUACCUCUGCAUCACGCAGGCUGAAAGAGCAGAAUGCCAAGCAAAGCAUGGGAAAGAAAAUACAGGCCACAAAUUAUCCACUUUGCUGCUAGGCCUGCUGGUCACCUUCACCAAUAUCCAGGUAUCAGGUGCUUGGGUGCAAAACCCAGCUGGGUAUGUACUUCUUCAUAUGCCAAGGGAACCCCCCCACUUAUCUACCAUAUGGACCUCAUUAUGUACAAUAUGGACCUCUGUAGCAACCAUAUGUAUACCGUAUCAUCUCAUGAUGUUCCAUUGCUAUUUCAAUGGAGCAUAGCAGACCAGAUGCUGGAGCCGAGGGGUUAGGUUGUCCUGGGUUGUAAAACAUGGCGUUCUCUGGUGGCUAAUGUGCUAAUUUUCCAGACUGGGGCUGGCACUUAAUCAAUUGUUGAUGAUUUUUUAAUUGUUUUAUUUACCAAUCUCUGUUUCGAUGAUUGUGUUGCUGUUUGGUGUGGACUCUGCUGUCUGCAUAACCUGGGGGGUUAAUUGUAUGAGGGUUUCCUGUAUCAUUUUUGGUAUAAAAGUGUUUAUUUCCUUUCCU